AUGUCCGACGAGUCUAUAAAAAGCCCUCACCAGGUGCCUCCCACCGAGAGGGCUGGUCGGUGGACAGAUGAAGAGAGGUACCGACUUUCAUACUUGCGGAAUCUCCAUAGUCACCUCAGUUGGAUCGAGUUCCACAAGUCCGAGUUGAACUUCUUCCCGAACCGGUCCCAAAUUGCUCUCUACAACGAGCAUCACAGAAUGGAGAAGGUCAACGCCAAACGACGGGUCCAGCUGCCUAAAGAUAGAAGCAAUGCUUCUCCGUUACUCAAGCCUAAACGACCGCUGGUGCACGACCCGAGCACCUCGCUGGCCCGCCCAGACAAACAGGUUCGGAUUACAAUCGACGACGACGAAAGCAAUGACGAUGAUGGAGAUAUCCAGGGGGAUGGCCAGACAAAGAGAUCUUCGCAUAACCGACAGGAGCAGUCACGCCUACCGGACUGUCCACGGAAAGCAUCCUUGGGGUCAUCGGGACAGGCCCUAGGACCGGCUCGACAGAAGAUGUUGUAUUCGCCACCUAGUCGGCCUGCUCCAAAGGCGUCUGAAAGCCCACCCAAAAAGUCUCUUGCUUGCUCGCCUUCUGCUUCAAAGCCUCAGCCAGCGAAAGCCCCAUCUCCCAUUACAAAUUCAGCUACCGUGUCUCCUAUUACGCAAAGCCAGCCUCAAAACCGGGGAAUCUCAGUUGCAAAUAAUCAGCCUGGGCAGCCUGCUCUACCUCAAACAUUACCCCAUGGCGAGAGCUCUGGCACUGCCGGUUGCGAAGUCUCAGACGCUAUCAACUUGUCGUUGGCCCCUCGGCCGGCUAUACAAAGUGGAACAACGGAAUCCGCUGCAGUAACAUCCACAGCAGCUACGGCUACAAUACCGGCCAACACCAACACUUCUACUACUAUCAAACAGAACAAACCCCCACCAACAGGCCAAACCAACAAACCAAUACCCGCUACAGAAGAACAGCUCAUAAGCACACCAUACAAAGCCUCAAACGCAGCCCAGUGUAUGAUAAGCCAGUCCCAGUCCCAGUGGUUAACCCAAACUACGCAGUUCGUGGAACGAGAGAAUAGAGCACGAGCGGAAGCAGAAUGCCGCCUGGCCUUCCAUAUAGCUGUGACUACAAGGGGGGUUGAGAAUAAGCUAGAUCAACUGCGGGAAAAGAUUGAUGCUCAGGGCAAGGUUCUUGAAUCCCAAACUAAGGUACUUGAUUCCCAAGCCAGGGUUAUUGAUUCCCAGACCAAAGAAAUACAGUCAUUACAGGCUGAAAAAGGGGACGCUGCCUUGAGGAAAGAAAUCGAUGAUCUAAAAAACUCCGGAAGUGAGCAGCUUGCUGCCCUCGCUAAGCAGAUUGAGGGAUUGAAAGAAGAUACCCAGAAGAUCAUGAAGUUUCAAGGAAACCUCCAUAGAGCUAUCAAUGACCCCGCAGUGGUGACAUGA